AAUUAUGUUCAAGUUCAUAGAGAAGCAAGCCCCUAGCACGAAUACUGAUAGCACAUUUCACUGGAUAUGAACGUCAGAAGAAAUAAAAGAUGUGUGUGCAAGGCACCCAACAGUUAAUGAUAAGCUGCUGUUCUGCCUUUUAGGACGGUUGGAGAGUUAAGGGUUUUUUCUGAGGGAUUGUCGGCACAUUUUGCAAAGCUCGACCAAUAGUUACCAGUGAGCUGUGAACCGUGAAUGGGUCUGCUUUCCAAACAUGAUGGCAAUCACUGUCGCCACUUCAGAGUGUGUUUUUGUCUUCCUGUUGUUCCUACAGCAUCUUCCGGCUGGCUCCGGCAACUUUACGAACACACUGUGGGCGCAUCAGUGUGAUCCCGGGUCGGAAAUAUUUGCCUGCACCGUACCCAACUUUUUCUACAAACCAAACCACAACCAUUCGACACUGGUAGCGCCCGGAACGGUACGCAAAGUGAGGCUUGCCUAUCCGAGGGAUAAAAUUCUUCUGCGCGACAAUAUCGUUGCGUACGAUGCCGUGCUUCACGAGAUCCUAAAGCGCCCACGAGCAGUUCAAAUCGAAAAUGUCAUCAUCAAGACAGUAGACCUACCGCUCGACCUCGAGUAUGCGGAUUUUAGUAGCAAUCUGAUUGCAACCGUGUCCGCACCGGAAGUGAACGGUUCCGAGUAUGCGCUACGCUAUCUGGACCUGCAGUACAAUCGGUUGACAGCGAUCGAUAGUUUGCGUACGCUGGUGCAUCUCGAAACGCUACUGCUUGCCCACAACCGCAUCGUUGUGGUGGACGGUUCGGUGUUGAAGGGUUUCCCCAAACUGUCCGGCCUUCAUCUGGGUGCCAAUCAGCUGGAGGAGUUUCCGUACGCCGAUCUGCCCGCCACGCUCGAGUGGCUCGUUUUGUGCCGGAAUGAUUUUGCUAAUGUACUGGAGUUUACGGGCAUGUAUGCGCCUGCGCUGAAGUUGUUGAACCUGCAGGACAAUUUCCUGAACAGCUUGAACAUUGACUCGCUGCUGGCGGCCGCUCCCAACCUGAAGGAGUUGUUGCUGCGGAAUGAUUUCAUCGCUAUCGAUGGUGCCAGCGAAAUUGAGCAUAAGCUGCAGGAAGCGGGCAUAGCGCAUGAUAAACUAGCGCACAGCGACCAAGAAUCGGACUAUGAUGAGGAGGACGGAGAUGGUGACUCGUACCAUCAUACGAACCAGAAGCACCAAGCACGGGAGUACAUUUUUUCUGGCCUGCUAGCGUUGAUGAACGUGUGCGUGAUGGCGUGGGGAGGUUUUCGCCUGUACAAGGCGUUGCACAGUGACAAGUGAACGCAUAAAGCAAAAUGUCAGCAAAAUGUUAGCAGCUAGGUUUACACACUCAAACAAAUCAUAAGUCCAUCAAUUUUUUUAUAUCCACAAUCACAUUUUAUAAUCGAUCGAUUACACUUACUUAAGACAAAAUACGUUACAAUAUGUAUAUGUAUCUUACAUAUUGUAUCACCACAACAAAUAACAAAAAAAUACACCUUUUAAACCAUCCACGGAA